AGAAGAUAGGGUUUUAUUUUUUUUUUCUUUUAAUUUUCGCAAUCGAUGUUAUGCUCGCUGUUGGACCGUGAAUUAGGGCUUCUCUGCAGAUCGGUGUUGAGGUUUCUUGACAGGUCGGUUUCGGGAGCUAUGGGCUGCUUCUUUGGUUGCUUUAGGGUCAAGGACGAUCGCCAUCUCCGCUCUCGGCCUCACAUCGUCUCCCAAUCCUCGCGUAACAAUCAGACGGAAGUCGUGAUAUCUCAAAACCGUUUGUCGUCUCUAUUUUCAGCCGAAGAGAGAGAAGGUUCUCCAAGCAAAGAUAGGGAAAGUCCAUGUUAUGGGUCUCCACAAAUUGACAAGGAGCUGAGGAAUGAGGCCAAGUUUCUUAAAGCAUGUGGUACGUUAGUAGAGACCCCAGUCGAAAUUCGGAAGGCAUCUUCAAAGUUAAAUGGCUCACCCCAUCAUGAUAGAGGUUCAGAGCCUCCAAAGUUCAACUCAUGGCUUCCUAACACAUCCAUUAAACAACUUCAGCAGGGGGAUCAACCAGAUCAGCCCCUGACGCCUAUUAAACUUGGUGAAGAGUGGGGAAAGGGAUCACGUCGUUCAGAGCAUACACCUAGCAGUAUGUCGAACCAACAGAAUACUGGAGGAAUCUCUAUCAGCUCUACUGAAGGCAGUGGAAUAGUUAUUGAUUCGACAGUCAAGACUGAGAGUAUUUCAACUCCAGAUGUCCAGUGCAGGAGCAAGGCUGUUCGUUUUGAAUGCGAUAUUGACACAAAUUCCUCCAGAGGUUCUUCAUCCGAAAAUUAUACCCGGAGUGCGAAAGUAUCUGAAACUCCAGGAAAACAGAGCAUAUCAAAGCCUUCAGUUUAUCCAACCCCACUAACUCUGUCUGAUGAGAUGCAGACGCCAGGAACUGUUUUCCCCGCAAACCUGGGAAAUUUUCCAAAUGGAAAGGCUCGAAUCAGGUCCCAGUAUGUCUAUGCGGUGCAAAACCCUGCAGAGGGCAUCUCUCAGUGGAAGUUAAUGAAAGACGAAGAUUCGAACUCACAGGGACUUUCAGGUGAGCUAAGAGAAUCUCUUAACCAAUCCGGAAAUGCAACCCCUAUAUCAGAAGUGGGAGCAAAAGAAACUUCAUCUGGACAAGAGUUCAAUGUAGAAUCAAGUUUGUCCUCCUGGCUGAAACCAGUAAAUCGAGAUGACAACAACCAAAACUUUGGUUAUGUUCCUGGCCGAACUCGCCAUUUUGGAAGAACUCCUGGGGACAGGCCUAUCAUUGGGCUUGUUGCUACUCACUGGAAUGAAGAUGAGCCUACUCGUAUCUCGCCGAAGUGGUGGGAUGGCAACGGGAUCCCAAACUCAACUAAUAAAUACAAGGAGGAUCAGAAGGUGAGUUGGCAUGCGACACCAUUUGAGGAGAGGUUAGAGAAGGCAUUGUCUGAAGAGAGUUUCAUCUCUCAGAGAAAACACAUUGAGGGAAAGCCAAUUGUAUUUGAUGAGAGUGAGGAGAGUGAUACUGCCCUUUCUCAGUUGCAAUCUUCAUCCCAGCCAAAAUCAGUGGUUUCAUUCUGAUGAAAAGAUGGUUUUAUCCCAUUUUAUUGCUUGUGUUACGUGAGUUUUUUUGUUGAGGAAGUUAAGCUCAUUAAAACUUAAAUUUGAAGUUUGCCUCUUUGGGGUAUGGGGCAACUUGUUGAUCGGCAAGCCACUGAACGAUUAAAGCGGAUUCUGGAAAUUUUAUUACUGUGUCAAUAUAGUCAUGCUGGCAGCAUCCUAAGCUGCUUAGAAUGUACAGAAUUAUCGGAAAUCAUAUCUCAGUGUUUUGGA